CUUCCGCCUCGUUGCCAUGGAUGCCGUAAUAAACUUCCGGCAGCUGGUGAAAGGCGUGAAAGGCUUAGCGUACAAGCGGGGAAGAGGCCAGGCUCUGCCGCCGGUGGAAGGAGAGGCGCCGCCAUGCCCCCGAAAGAGCUCUUCAAGCGCAAGCAGAGCUUUAUUGCACCAGCUUUAAAGACUUCCAGAUCAACUUUAAGGAGACGGGAUGAAGACGGUGGUGUUGAAGUGGGGGAGGGGGCAGAUGAAUGGAUACAGGCCAAAACAUUAAUCAAGCCCCCGGACCAACUGGAGCUGACGGAUGCUGAGCUGAAGGAGGAGAUAACGCGCAUCCUGACAGCCAAUAACCCGCAUGCUCCACAGAACAUUGUCAGAUACAGUUUUAAAGAGAGAGCUUAUAAGCAAACCACUGUCGUGGAGCAGCUGGCCCUCCAUUUCACACUUAGCGGGAACCUGAUAGUCAAAGAUUCAGACGAAGGUCGGAGACAGAGUAUGAAGCGGAGCUCAUCUGAUGUUGUGGUUCCUGUUUCAUCCAUUGUGCUAGACUUUGAUGAACUGGACCGAGAACUCAAAGAAGAAGAAGAAGAAGAAAUUGGAGAAGAAGAAGAGGAAGAAGGGGAAGCAGCUGAGCAACCAGUGAAAGCCCCAGAGGAAAUAGAAGAGCAUGAAGAAAUUCGUCCCCGGCUAGUGCAGGAACGGAAGCUCACCAACCAGUUCAACUUCAGUGAGAGAGCCUCACAGACGUACAACAACCCUGCGAGGGACAGGGCCUGUCAGAUGGAGCCCCCUCCGAGGGCGACCUUCUCCGCCAUUGCCAACCAGUGGGAAAUUUAUGAUGCCUAUGUGGAGGAACUCCAGAAACUGGAAAAGUCCAAGGAGAAAGAAAAGCGAAGUGCCCCAGUUGCAAAGAAAGUAGACAAGAUGAGGGGAAGAAAACUAACUUCUCUGGAGUCUCAGAGUGAUGACAUCACCAAGGUAGCGAAGGCAGCCAAGAUAGUGGAGCGGAUGGUCAAUCAGAACACUUAUGAUGACAUUGCUCAAGAUUUUAAAUACUAUGAAGAUACCUCUGAUGAAUACAGAGACAACCUGGGGACCCUCCUUCCGCUCUGGAAGUUUCAGUAUGACAAAGCCAAGAGGCUGGCAGUCACUGCCCUCUGCUGGAACCCCAAAUACAAGGACUUGUUUGUCGUAGGACACGGCUCUUAUGACUUCAUGAAGCAGAGCCGAGGAAUGCUGCUGCUGUACACCCUGAAGAACCCUUCCUUCCCCGAGUACAUCUUCAACAGCGAGAGCGGCAUCAUGUGCCUUGAUAUCCACGUCGAGCACCCCUACCUUAUUGUGGUGGGCUUCUACGACGGCAACGUGGCCAUCUACAACCUGAAGAAGCCCAUCAGCUCCCAACCUGGCUACAAGAGCAGUGCCAAGUCGGGCAAGCAUACCGACCCCGUGUGGCAGGUCAAAUGGCAGAAAGAUGACAUGGACAAUAACCGCAACUUCUUCUCUGUUUCUUCAGAUGGGCGCAUUGUGUCCUGGACUCUGGUUAAGAACGAGCUGGUUCAUACAGAUGUCAUCAAACUACUGGUGGAAGGAACGACAAUAGAAGGGCCCGAUGGGCUGCAGCUGCAGACAGUCGGCUGUGGGACUUCAUUUGACUUCCACAAGAAGAUUGAUUAUUUGUUUCUUGUGGGCACGGAGGAAGGCAAAAUCUACAAGUGUUCCAAGUCCUACUCUAGCCAAUUCCUGGACAUUUUUGAUGCCCACCACAUGGCUGUUGACGCUGUGAGCUGGAACCCCUUCCAUACCAAAGUCUUCAUUUCUUGCAGCUCGGACUGGACGGUGAAGAUCUGGGACCACACCAUCAAGACUCCCAUGUUCAUCUACGACCUGAACUCCGCUGUGGGCGAUGUUGCCUGGGCUCCUUAUUCCUCCACCGUUUUUGCUGCGGUUACCACAGAUGGGAAGGCCCACGUGUUUGACCUGAGUGUCAACAAAUACGAGCCCAUUUGCAACCAGUCAGUGGUGGCGAAGAAGAAGAACAAGAUCACCCAUGUCCAGUUCAAUGCCAUCUACCCCAUCAUCAUCAUCGGAGAUGACCGUGGCCAUGUGACCUGUCUGAAGCUUUCACCCAACCUCCGCAAGAUGCCCAAGGAGAAGAAAGGCCAGGAGGUGCAGAAGGGCCCUGAAGUGGAGAUUGCGAAGCUGGACAAGCUGCUCAACCUGGUACGAGAGCCAGUGGCCAAAGCCAGCAAGUGAGGCAGCCGGGCUCUCCCCGGCCCACCCCUCCCUGCCUGGGACCAGCAAGCGCUGGACACCGCAGACAAGCACCCCUUUGUCCGGGGACAGCUGGGCUGGCGCCUCUUCGUUCUGACACAAAGACGUGUUGUUGGGUUUGUUUUUGCAUCAAAAAAAUAAAAGCUGGGAAUUUACAGCCA